UCAGCAGCAGCAGCAUUUUGUAGCUUCAAAGCUUCAGUCAACCGCCAUUGCGCGUUCGAUAAGGUGCGGCCAAACUCUGCCGCUGUCCGUCUCAAUAGUCCGCCAACGUGUCCGACUCAUUUCCCGCGCCUGUCCACCUUUCGCGAACUACAGCAUUCUUUCAUUACAAACUCAGGAUAAUUUUGGCGUUCACUUUUUGUAAGUUAACCAGCAAGAAGGAGCGUUUGUACGAGUGUGUGAGUUGUGCAGUGUCCUGUGUGGUGCAGCGGCCAUUUUCUUUGCUCUUACAAAACUUGAUUGAAAAGUGAUCAUCAACGUCAUCACUGCAUGCAUCGUGUAUAUGUGAAGAACAAUCAUCUAGGAAAUGCAUUGAAGUUAGUUCAUCCUAUUCCUGUAGGCCACGAUCUCGUUUGGCACCCAAUUGCAUAACACAACAAUACAGCAGCGGUCCACAGAGUGGGACAGGCAGUGCGAGGGGAGACCCUUCCCAUUUAGCUCCGCCUCUUCCUACGUUACUCGUCUCCCACAUUGUGGACCGCUGCCGAAUCACCAAAACAAAAACAUGACUGAUAUCAGUGCCAGCAAACGUGAAUCGCUGCCUGGAUGGGAACCAGGGUCGGUUGCAGCAUUGGCUGCAGUCGCCUCCUCAUCAUCCGGCGGACCGUACCCGACUGUCGGUCUUUACUCGAACCAGUCUGGGAGUAGUAGUAGCGGAAGCAGUGGUGGAAACGGCGGCGUUCCACUGCCACCCCCUCACCUGCCAUCACCCUACUCGUCAUUCUCGCAACCGAUCCCCUCUUCCGCCUCGUCCUCUACUCCUUAUGCGCAGCCUCAAGGUUUGCCACAGGGCUAUCCUUACCAUGCAUUGGAGAGCUACCCUGGCCAGCAUUUGGGUUAUCCAUUACCCCAUACGUCUCAUCAUCCCUAUCAUCAUCAUCAAACGCAAUCAUACCCUGGGUUGCCAUCUAGCUCUUUGUCUCCGCAAAAUUAUCCGCCUCAUUCCAGCAUGAUGGUUCAUCCUUAUCAUCAUCAUCAUCAUCUUUAUUCACCCCAACAACCUGCAGCGCCGACCCAGUCACCAGGAAUGGGCUACACGCUGACCGUUCAUCCGCAACAACAACAACAACAACAUGGUGAAGUCCACCACCAGGCCCCACAGCAGCCGCAACAACAACAGCAACCAGUAGUUAGUCAAUCACAACCUGGAUAUCCACCACUGAGCUAUCAACAAGCACCGACUGGAUCGACCCAACAGGGAAUUAGUAUGCCAAUAUCAACUUACAUCCCUCCUGUGCAGACAUACGAGCCACCCUUGGAAAGAUCUGAGAAUCCCCCACAAAUUCAGCGACCGACGCCGAUCCUUGCCGAACGGGAAGUGAAUACAAAUUCCGCACACAUGGCUCCUCAGACGCCGAAUUCGGCGGUGCCCAUAUCGUUCCAUCUUCAGCAACAGCAGACGUCACCCGCUCCUCCAUCUCCAGGUUCUUCGGGCAUGAUGACACCGGGAGGAGGAUCUCAUCCAGAUCUGGAACACGAUCUCCCGCCAGAGCUGCUCCAACAGGGAUGGAGAAAGAUGUGGUCCAAAAGAGAAAAUCGAAUUUAUUUUUGGAACAAGACUAAUGGCGAGUCACUUUGGGAAAUGCCUCCCCUUCGAGCAAACUACGACCCGGUAUCUGACCCACUCGGUAUUCAACAACCAAACCAGCAGCCUGCGGGAGCUAUCAAACGGCGUGCAUCUGAUGAUGGAAUUGGCAGUCCUUUGGCCAAACGCUUUAUUCUCUCGGGUCCGUGGGAUUUGGAAGUGCCUACCAACGCUGUAGUGUUUGAAAGGAGUCCACUUAGCUGGCCCCAUCCUCACCCAGAUAUUGAGGCUUACCGAGCAACUUUGGUUACCAAACUUCGCCAGGCCUACCAAGAAAUGUGCCAUUCUAGGGAAGCUAUCGACGCUCCUAGAGAUUCGUUUAACCGCUGGCUGCUAGAGCGAAAAGUGGCGGACAGUGGCACGGAUCCACUCUUUCCUGGCCAAUGCCAACCCGAAGUGUCACUCUCCAUGUACAAGGAGAUCAUGAACGAUUUACCCAUGAAGCUGGAACGCCCAAAGUUCACGGGUGAUGCACGAAAGCAGCUGUCUAAAUACGCGGAAGCGGCCAAAAAAAUGAUAGAGACAAGGAAUGUAAGCUCCGAGAGCCGUAAAAUUGUCAAAUGGAAUGUGGAAGAAACUUUUCAGUGGUUACGACGAACUGUUGGCGCUACCUAUGACGACUUCCAAGAACGGCUGGCGCACCUUAAACGUCAAUGUCAACCGCACCUGACGGAAGCUGCCAAAUCAUCCGUUGAGGGUAUCUGCAUCAAAAUGAAUAAUCUUUCAGCAGAAUAUGCAAAAAAGAUACGAGACAAGCACAACGAGUUACUGAAGGAGAAUGGACUUGCUGAUUUGGAACCUAAUGUGAACCUACUCCACCCGAGAAAGGUAUGGUGUUAUCCGGUCCUCUUUGCCCUCCCAUGUCCUCGAUUGCCGCCAGUCGAAUUUCUUCCCGAUAAGGACCAGACGUUGCUACGCUACAAAGGUGAUGCAGUACGAAUUAACAAUCUCCAUUUUCAGAAACUGGAACAGCUAUAUCGGUACAACUGUUUCGAAGACCGCAAGUUUGAGUGGUUUCUGCCGCGUGUUUGGUGUUUACUCAAGCGGUAUCAGUCCUACAUGGGCGGACAGACAAGUAAUGAAGGCCAAGGCACUCAGGGUGCUCUCCCGUUGACCGUCUUUGAAGCCCUUUAUAAGCACUUUGGUGUCUCUUUCGAGUGCUUUGCCUCCCCGCUCAACUGCUACUUCCGCCAGUUUGCCUCCGCUUUUCCCGACACAGACGGCUAUUUUGGCUCCAGAGGGCCAAUUCUCGAAUUUAAGCCAGUAUCGGGAUCUUUUGAAGCCAAUCCACCCUUUUGCGAAGAGUUUAUGGAUACGAUGGUCACACAUUUCGAGAAGCUUUUAUCCGACUCCAGCGAACCACUGUCUUUCAUUGUUUUCAUACCAGAAUGGCGAGAGCCAGCCCCACCUGUUCUUAAAAGACUGGAAGAAUCAUCGUGGAAGAGACGUCAGGUUGUUGUGCCCACCUUCGAACACGAAUACCGACAUGGUUAUCAACACCUCGUCCCAAAAUCUGAAAUAAAUGUUAGGGCGGCACAUGGGACAGUCAUCGUUUGGUUACAGAACGAAGCCGGAUACCAAAAGUGGGGACCAACAGAUGAACGUGUAGAUGCUUUACUGGAAGCUUACCGGCCUGGUCGAGAAAGAGAACGAGAUCGCCAAGAGCUUCUAAGUCCUCCAAGACCAAAUCAGCCACUUGAUGGGCCUAUUGCUAACAUGGGUAGCAUGUUAAAUGUCAACGGUAGCUCAGCAAUUACUGGUAUGAAACCCAUUUGAACAUCUUUUUCUGGAUUAGAGGCUUAUCUCCUUUAAAUCAUUUUUAAAAUUGAUAAACCAGUGUUGUUCUGAACUUAAACGAUAAAAAAACUAUUGAUUGAAAAUGAUUAAGUUUGGUUGAUUCAAAUCUAUUGUUUUCUGACUUCCUCAAAAUUUUGGCUUUAUUUGAAACAAAACAAAAGAUGUGUGAAGCAUACAAAUGUGUGUGCAUUGUUAUGGGAGCUUUUCUUGUGACCAAUGCUGUUUCCUUUUUGUUUUUCUUUCUUUGUAUGUUUGUUGUGAUUCUUCUGCUGAAAGGAUAUUUUAUAAAGAUAAAAUUUGAAAUAAUAAAAUAUUUUUGACCAAACAAA